UGGAUUUGCGCCAUUGAUCAUGCGCCAUCGUCUUGCGUUCCGUCGCCUCGGCCGUCCCACCGGUCACCGCCUCGCGCUUCUGCGCAACCAAGUGACAUCUCUCAUUGAGCAUGAACGUAUUCAAACCACAUUGCCCAAGGCGAAGGAACUCCGCCGCUUGGCGGACCAAGUGAUUACGCUGGCAAAGAAAAACGACCUGCCCGCGCGCCGCGAAGCCGAAGGGAUCGUCCGAACCAAGCCCAUGUUCGACAAGCUGUUUGACGUGUUGGGCCCUCGUUAUGAAGACCGAGCAGGGGGAUACACUCGCAUCUUGAAGAGUGGCUUCCGAUACGGCGACAACGCUGAAAUGGCCGUCAUCGAGUAUAUCGACCGACCAGGCGAGUUGCGACGCCCUCGCCCCGGCACCGCGAAGAAGAGCGAAUAGAUCUGUUAAGGAAUACUACAUGCAAGCAAGAAGAAACCUCGCGUCUCUCGCCGCA